UGCUCAUAGUCGAUACUUCGACGUUAUUUCACAUCUCUAAUUCUUUCUUUCGUAAAUCGCAUCCGAGGAAGUUGACAUGGCUUCGAAAGUCUCGCGUGAUACGCUCAAUGAGGGCGUGAUUGGUAUCUUGGAGAACUCGCUCAAGAAGAAGCGUGGUUUCUUGGAGUCGGUGGAACUCCAAAUUGGCCUGAAGAACUACGAUCCCCAAAAGGACAAGCGUUUCUCCGGCACUGUUAAGUUGAAGCAUGUGCCACGUCCCAAGAUGAAGGUUUGCAUUCUGGGCGAUCAACAGCAUUGCGAUGAGGCUAAGGCUAACGGUGUUGAGUUCAUGGAUGCCGAGGCUCUGAAGAAGCUGAACAAGAACAAGAAGCUGGUCAAGAAAUUGGCCAAGUCUUAUGAUGCUUUCUUGGCUUCCGAGUCACUCAUCAAGCAGAUUCCCCGUCUGUUGGGUCCCGGUCUGAACAAGGCUGGCAAGUUCCCUGGUCUGCUCUCCCAUCAGGAGUCGAUGAUGGCCAAGAUCGAGGAGGUCAAGUCCACCAUUAAGUUCCAGAUGAAGAAGGUCUUGUGCCUGUCUGUCGCCGUUGGACACGUUGGCAUGAAGCAGGAUGAGCUCUCACAGAACGUGAGCUUGUCUAUCAAUUUCCUCGUCUCGCUGUUGAAGAAGAACUGGCAGAACGUGCGCUCCCUGCACAUCAAGUCCUCCAUGGGCCCACCACAGCGUCUGUACUAAAUUUUGUGCAUUAAAAUUGACAUACUUUCGUAAAUAAAAAAACCUACAUUUUGUAAA